UAUUUGCGCAUGCGUGCGACUUUUCCUUCCUUUUCGAUAUCCUAAGCUAGAGAGACAAGAUGGGCCAUCAGCAGCUCUAUUGGAGUCAUCCAAGAAAAUACGGCCAGGGAUCUCGGUCCUGCCGCGUAUGCUCGAACAGGCACGGUUUGAUCCGGAAAUACGGUCUUAAUAUGUGCCGUCAGUGUUUCAGGCAGUAUGCGAAGGACAUUGGCUUCGUCAAGCUGGACUGAAUGCAGAGAUCUGGAGUCUGGAGUGGGGUCAUUGAUGCAGUAACCUGGGAUACUUGCCUCAUGCCCUCAUUGUUGACGACAAAGGAGAUCUGAAAUAAUCAUUCUGUUCAAUAAAUAGAUUGUUUUUUUCUGUAUGGAA